AUGUCCAACAUUCAAAACAUCAGCAUACCGACGCUUCCGGUCGCUGACGAGGGCCAGCAAAGCACACAGGGUGAAGGCUCGUUUGGUACUGCUCAGCAGGCCGCCAGACCGACUGUUUCGACCGCAGAGCAGUACUUCGACGCCGCCUCCAACUACAUGUCUGAGCACCCGGUGAUAACUGGAUUGGGUGCGUUUGCUGCCGCAUACGUUGCUGCCGGUGUUUACAAGAAGGUGACCUCGUCCGGUGCCGCCAAAUUUUACAAGGGAGGGUUUGACCCAAAGAUGAACGCCAGAGAAGCCUUGAGAAUACUGGACCUGAAGGAAAGCACUUUGUCCAAAGCCAAGUUGAAGGAGAACCACAGAAGAAUCAUGCUGCUGAACCACCCGGACAAGGGCGGGUCUCCGUUCCUGGCCACCAAGAUCAACGAGGCCAAGGACUUCUUGGAAAAGAGAGGUAUCAACAAAUGA